UGUUCUUGUUUGCUAGUCCCGUCCACUUGUGUUUAACACCAAGGACAAGGAAACGAACACAUCAUAUUGCUACUACGAUGACUCGAGGAAAUCAACGUGACACGGAUCGGGCAAAGGCCGCAAAGAAACAGGCUGCCUUGAACAAAUCCAAAGGAAAGGAAAGUAACACAUCGCUGGCAAAGCGUAAAGAAGCUGAUGCAGAAAUUUUAAGAGCAAAGCAGAAGAAACGAGACGAAGAGAAGGCCGCAGAAGCCAUAGCAAAACCGAAUAAAUAACACGAGCCUAUGGUCAGUUCUUUUCUGACCGUGGUUAUUAGUUGGGACUAUUGGAGACUUUUGGUGGGAGCCAUCUAUCUGUUCAUAUCUUCCUCAAUACCCACUUCCAUAGCUUUUUGAUAUUGCACUGUUUUCUUGAACUCAACUUGAGACACUUGCGCGAUGGGCUGAUGUAUGAUUUUGGACUCAGCUAUCUAUGUAUUCGUAGUGUCCAAUCAAAAACGAUGAAAAACUAAUAAAGUACGAUUGCGUUCUGCCA